AUGGCCAUGGCUCUGAAUCUUGCACCUGAAGAUGAGAAGGAGUAUGACUUAGAUGACCCGGAGGAUCUGAUUGAGUUUCUCAUCUACGCGAACAUCCGGCUGGUGCGGUUUGAUUUCCUUUGCAAGCUGGCACGGGAACAUCAGCCAUGUCCCCGGCGCCAAGAAGCAGAGCAGGAAGAGUUCUAUGACACGCAUCUUCUUCCUUACCUUUGCAAAACCGUUCCGGCUCUUGUGACGCUAGAGGAGUACAAAAGCCUGAGGCCUGGUGCACACCCACCUAAACCACAACCUGGAGGGCUGUUCUUCUAUGAAUUUGCGUUCACAUCCACCUAUCAAGAGCCGGGGCCAGGAUCCAAAUCCCGAGCGCUUUCAGAGUCAAUUCUGAUUGUAUCUGUCUCGCACAGCUGGGAGUCAAAGCAGCAUCCUGACCCUUUUCGCUUCCAGUUGCGCUGCUUGUGUGAGAAACUUGAGAGGUUUCGCAACCCACUUCACGGACAGGAUGUUUGGGUCUUCAUCGACUGGAUGUGCUUGCCACAGUACAAGCGCACAGACCUGGAAGAGAAAUUCUUCCGUCGCGCGAUGAGGUCGAUGCAUAUGCUCUACGCGCACAAGGCAGUAGCUGCGGUAGAACGCCUCACUGACCUCACACCUGAGACUGAGAGGCUGCGCGCGCCAAGCCUCAUUGACAUUUACUCCGAAAGCACUGGCAAGUUCGAGCCUCGACCUUUCACCGAGCUGGUGCUCAACGACACGCCUUACCAUCUGCGGGGCUGGUGUGUCGCUGAAUGCCAGUGGAUGUGCACCAACACCUGGGUGGAAGGUAUGGCUCCCAUCCUUCCUGCUACGUUCCGAGAGCUGGUGAAGCAAGGAGAGACAAGUUCCAGCGGCUUGGUGCUGAAGUUCACACACCGCUCGGAUGCAGAGAUCGUGCUGAAACUGCAAGAGAAGGUGUUUCUGAAGCGGGCCACAAGCCGAAACGUACUCUUAGCAGAAAGUUUGCCCUUACAAGAUGUCUUAUUUCUCGGAGAGGCUUUACCACAUUUUGCGAGUUUGAGAUUCAUGGCGAUUUUUGGAAGUCAGGUGGGGGACAAGGGCGUUGUGUCCUUAAGGCAUGGUCUCCAGGCUAUGUCCAAGAGGAUUGCCAGACUGAGCCUCAUUGAAUGCAACAUUGGAGACGCUGGUGCGGCUGACCUGGCGACUGCACUGCAGGAAUGCCAGGAUCUUGCAUGCUUAUCGCUUCGAGGGAACAGCAUUACGGAUGCAGGUGCUGCAGCGCUUGGCAGAUCCCUGUCCCAGAGUGGGUGCACACGCCUUGCCAAGGUUGACCUGAGUUCGAACAGCGUCUCCAGCGACGGCGCCACGGCCUUCGUAGACGCGCUGUGUCGCCUUCGAUCUUUUUUCCGGGUAGAUGGUCCAGAUAAGCUCCUCAUCUUUGUGUCUGACCUUCAGUAUUUGCAGAGCAUCGCAUGGAGACUUGAGGUUGGUUGGUUGCGGUGCUACUACGGCUGCUGCGGUGUCGGGUCGUACUUUUGCUGCUGCAACCAGGAUUGUCCUCCCGCCAACUGGUGCUGGGGUUACGUGUGCCGGUUCUACGUCUGCUCUUCAAGGUCUGUGAAGCACACACAGGGCCUCGGCAUGGAUGAGAACCAAAGGCUCUUCAUGGACAAAUUUGGAUGGCAGUCAUGGCCAUCGGAUGAUGACGAUGCCACUGCUGAUGACAAUGACGGGAAUGUGUUGCUGCAGACGAACGAUGACGGUGACGAUGAUGAUGACGAUGAUGACGAUGAUGACGAUGAUGAUGAUGAUGAUGAUGACCACCCGGCGCUGGUCUUAUUCUCCAGCAUCCGCGCCACGGGGUCGCGCCUGGUCCUGGUCUACAUCCACGUGGGCGACUUCCAGUUGCAGGCAUAUCACCGGCGGGCCUUCCAGCAGACGGACUCCAAGUUAGUCUACAAGGAGAGCACCGCAGCAUCAGUGCCUGGAGGCGUCCACAAGACGCUGAGGUCGACCGCCUACCAGGAGAGUGACUGGAACAAGUUUCUGGCCUUCAAAGUGGCCCAGGAGCUAGGCCUGGCGCGGGCCAUGUACUUAGACUGCGACUUCCUGGCGCACCGGAACCCCGAGGCCAUCUUCGCAGAGGUGCCCCCGGGCCGCUUCGGCUACUGCCGCGGGAAGGCAUCCCUGCUAAACUCGGGCCUCUUCGUCUUCGAUGUCGGGAGCCACUGGGAGGGGCUGACGCAGAUGCUUCACUACAGCUGGUUUGACUUGGACAGCUCCAAGAAGAUGUCGCGGAGCCGCGGCUGGAACAGCUCGGGCAUCCCGGACCCAUCCAUGGCCACCCACUGGGACAAGACCCAGGGCGGCCUGUACACCUAUUUUGUGCAGCUGCGUCAGCUUGGUCAAGAGCUCUCCGAGGACCUGGUGUAUCCUGACCCACACGCCCAGCAGCCGCUGGGGCAGCAUGUCUUCACCCACUUUGCCGGCAAGAGCAAGCCCUGCCAGGUCAACUUUAAAGGCGAGUUGAGCGACAGCGAGCUGGCGGUCUAUCUGCCCUCACAGGUCCUCUGGCGCAAGCACUUCUUCAACCUGGGCCUCGCGCCCACGUCGCUGCGGAAGUGCGCGCCCAUCCUGAUCGACCUCGGGGCCAACUGUGGCAACACACUGCCCUACCUGUACAAGACGAGGCCAGAGACGCAGAAGUACGACCACUACUUCCUCUGGGAGUUGAACCCACGCUUGGUCCGAGCAUAUCUUACGGACCUUGCCUCGCGGGACAAGCGGGUGAGUGUGAUCCCGCACCCCGCAUGGGUUCGAGACGAAAACAUGACCAUGUAUAUGGAUCCGCGUGAAGACGAGCGAAUGUCAGAUGCGGAGUUUCGGGAAGCCCACCCCUGCAACGCGCGCAGCGUCAAGGGCCGCAACCCUUUGGGCACGUCGAGCGUCAUGCAGCACGACGAGAACUACGUCCACAAGGCCAAAGUCUCCUACACCACGGAGGCAUGGAACUUCACGCGCUGGAUCACCGAGAUGGGGCUGCACUCUCGGCACAACGACAUCCUGCUCAAGAUUGACAUCGAAGGGGCCGAGUACGUCCUCAUCCCAGAGCUCUUCAAAUCUCGGGCGAUGUGUCGCAUCACCUGGCUCACUGUGGAAUGGCACGAGGAGCGCCACGGCUUCACGCCGGAUUCCAAGCAAAUUGACUUCGUCCUACUUUACGUGCCUCCAGACGGUCGUUGCUUCUUCUGGGUCCUGCUCGUAGACUCGUUGUCGGAGGAUGAAAAGACGGCAUGGAGGUCCGCAGAGCGGCGCGAUGGCUGGCCGUUGGAUGCAAGCCGGAAGCACAAAGAGGAGCAGAUGCUUGAGAGCUUCAUAGGCUCGCUGGUCCUGACUGAUGCGGGCAAAAGUGCUUUUGCUUCCGGCCGAUCACCGCGCGAAGAGGACAUUCUUGAUGUUCUGGAUGACAACAACAUGCAGCUGUACCAGUUUGGAACCUGCGCUGAGCGAAGAUCAGAGGAUGGAAGUGGCCAGACCCACGAGCACUUCACGCACAUGUGGAAGGUGACCAAGGCCAUAAAGUCCCUGCCUGUAUCGACCUGGAUAGCGGACGCACCGGUGUCGGCGGGAGUGCGCACCGUCAAGGAUGCCACGCGCCUGGCGGGGGAUACGACGCGGCUGGCGGGGGAUGCGACGCGGCUGGCGGGGGAUACGACGCGGCUGGCGGGGGAUACGAUACGACGCGGUUGGGAGGGAUGCCACGCGGCUGGCUGUGAGUAUUCGGAGCCCUGGCUCACGGAAAAGACCAUCAUCUCUGUGGCCGCGCUGGGCAGGAAAGGUACCACUGAGCCGCCAGGGAGCUGGUAG